AACAGAUAAUAAUUAAUUAAUUGAGUUUUUCUAAUGUUUAUUGUUUUGUUUGAGUAUCCCGUUCCCGUUUUCUGUUGUUUGUUUAGUGUUUACUAUCACCAUACUUCACUUUUUAGUUUUUAAUACUUUACUUUACUUCAUAGAUAAAAGGAGUAGUUAAAAGAGGUGUCUACUCCUUUUAUCCAUGCUAACACCAGCAGUUAUUACAGACUCAAGUAAUUAAAACGUUAAGUUUAUUAUUCUAGCUUAUUAUCCGUUAUAGAAAAAGAUUUGUAAUCCUUCUUUUGAAAAGUGGAAGAAGAUAUUGGACCACUUUUUAUAUUGAGUCAGCCAUGGCAGAGGCAACUAAUGUUGCAGAUGGGGACAAAGCAGUUGCCAGUGCUACGGAUAAGGAGAACAAAGAACCUUCCAAGACUGAAGAUAUGGAAACUGAUGAUAAUUUAGAUCUAAAAGAAAUUUUUGGAAAAAAGAAAAGAAAGAAAAAGAAAGGAAAGGAGGCAUUUAAUUUAGAAGCCCUGCCAGAUGCUAUGGACAAGACAAAACAAGAUACAAUUGACAGAGGAGAAAAUAAGGAGGCAAUAGAGGACAAUAUAUCCCAUGAUAGCCCUAUUGACUUUUCAACCUUAAAGAAGAAGAAGAAGAAAAAGAAAAUGAACAUUGAGGAGUUCGUAGCAAAACGUCUUGCUUUAGAAGAAAAGAAAGAAAUAGAUCAAGGAGAUAAGGAUCAUGCUGCUCAACCUUUGGGAGACGAAACACCACUAUUGUUCGCCCGAGAUUGUUGCAAAGCUGAAGACUCCGGUAGAGUCGUGGCAGCAGUACAAAGCGGAGUUGAGGAGUCAACACAACGAAGCGGUGCAGAACAUCAACAAAAACACAAAGACAAUGUUAUACAGCUACCAGAGUCUACAUCAGAUGUUUGUGACACACACGCUGCAGCAGAUACAGGAAAACUGUUAAAUCAGCAGCCUCCCAAAAUGGUCAAAGACAAGAAAUCUCUCAUUUUCAACUCGGAGAAUGAAAACAGAGAGAAGACCAUUAUCAUCAAUCAAAUAGCAUUUCAAUACGCUCUAAAACCUCCACCAUGGCUAGAACGCAUGGAGUCCCCGCUGAAAUGGGUUACAAUACUUGAAAGAAAAUUAACCUACUACCUAAUGCACCAGAAGCUCCAUGAUUACAAAAACCAAGGAGCUUUUUAUGGAUUUGAAAAGUUUGCCAUACUACUGGUAAUUAUUUCCAAAAGAGCGUUGAUGCAUUUAUGUUUUAACGAAAAUUCUCAAGAAAGAACCGAGUCUGAUGAGUCAAAAGAUCAAAAUACAAAAGAUGAAAAUGAAAGUGGAGAAGACGAAGAUUUUGAGGGUGAUGAGGAAGAUCAGUUGAUGAAAUAUUAUUAUGAAUUAGAUGAGGCUCUUGCCAAAUGUGAUGAAACAGUUGAGGAAAUGGCAGCUGCAAAAGAUGUAAUGUACUUGAGGAUUGGGCCUGUUUUUCAUCAUGUUUUGCAAACUACUAAAGCUCACAUAUUGUUUCUCCAGCAAAAAGUUACAGAAUCCCGUGAGUUAGCAAGAAAGAUUCAAAAUGUGGAUGAGAUGUCUCAAGAGUGCAAAGCAGGAAUUUAUGGACUUAGAGUUAAGUUCAUCAUGUCAAUGUACCAAGACUACACUGUAUUGAUACCCCUUUUGUCCAGAGCGAUAGAACUGGACCCAGGAUUUGGUUACUGGUACUAUCUCAGUGGAAAAGUAAUAAGGCGACUAAGAAGAGAGUUUAAUGAAAACAUGGUCAUAGAAGAGUUGGAUCACUUUGCAAAGGCUGUAGAGUUAGAAAGAAACCCAAAGUUUUUAGUUUUUCUAGCUCAAGCAUAUCAAGAACUUGCAAAUCUUCUGUUUUAUUCCAAAGAUCCGAGCGUAACAAACGCUGUUGAUGAGUUUCUUCAAGAGUCUUCUGAGUUGUUUAGGGAAUGUUGGCAGCUAAAGAAUGAUUCUGCUUCAAUAUCAAAAAGAGUUGGAAAUGGAAUGAUGAAGAUGAAACGUGGAUUUUUUGAUAAGAAAGUAGCAAUAGAAGCCUUACUAAAAGCCAAUGAACUUUCGUUUCAAAAACCAAACUUGGCUUUAGGAAAGUUUUACUGUAUACAUGAACAGAAUAUUGAAAAGGCUUUGGAAUACUUUGAAAAAGAUGCUCCCAGUAGUUUUGCAAGUUCUGAAAUAAUUCGAUUGAACCUUAUAAAAAAUCCCAACUAUGAUUCUGAAGAAAUUCUAAUUGAAUGGGUGAAUGCGGAUCAAGGAACACUGAAACAACAAUCCGCCCUUUGUGACUACGGAUGGUACUACUUGAUGUACAGAAACGACUUGGAAUCAGCUGUUAAACAUUUUUGGACAGUCUUGCAGGGGGAUUACAAAGCCUAUAAGGUUCUGGAAUUUCAAAGCUAUGGAUUCAUGGUCCAAGGUCCCAUAAACAUGGUCAAGGUUUUAGUGAAUGAAAUUUUACUAACAAAAGAACAAAAUGAGAACCUGCCUCCUGAAAAGAGACAGAACAUAGAGGAAUUAGAUAGAUUCCUGGACAGGAUGUUAGAGAAAUACCCUGAUCUCAAAGAUAUCACUCCUAACCCAAAACUACUUGACCAGUUAAGGAAAAAGGUUGAAAAUUCAAUCGAUUUUCAUAGAAGAAGGUUUUUUGGGGUCAAUCGUAGCUAUGGUGUCAAUCCUAGAAGAAACGAACUAAAAGUAAGAUCGGAUGAGCGGCGUAACUGGAGAGGAAAAACUAAUCCAGAAGACAGCAAAGCUCAGGAACUCGAAGAACAAAAACCCAACUGGCAGAAGGAAGAACAGAGAAAUUUAAUACUUUAUUUGACUGAUACAAAAGAUAACAGACGUGAUUGGAAGAACACAUUCGAUAAUGGAGACAACGAUAGAAAAAGCAGAGAAUUCAAUUGUAACCGGAGCUCCGAAAGAGAUGGUUUCAACUGGAGAACUAGAGAUCCUAGAGAAGAGAUGGGUCAACAAAGUAGAGUGAAUACUACAACUACAUCUUAUAAUAACAAUAGAGGGCGAAGUAAUAGUAGAUAUGAUGUAACAGUAACAGACUGGCGUAGGGAGGGCAAAAACUGAAAUACUAAAUACCUUAGUUAAACUAUUGGACAAGAAUUGACUGACUUGUACAUAGACUAAUUUGCUUUAAUAUGUUGACGGUGGUGGAUUAUCUAUGCAAACCAAGUUUACAUUCCAAUCUAUAUCUAUAUUAUUGAUUUGGAAGGGGUUAUUUUGUAAACAGGACUCUUAGAGUUUUUAGUCUAUUUUGACAUUUCUGGUGUCAUUUUAAAGAGCUCACUCUGCAAUUUUGCUAACCAUAAAAUGAGCUCAUUGUAUGGUACGGGCUUUGCCCCAGUGGCCCUCAAAUCUUCCAUGUUAACCUUAUGUAAUAAUAGUAUUGCAAUCAUCGGUUCAUUUGUUUGUUUUUAUUUUUAACAUUUUAAGUAUUUUUACUUUCAUGGCAUUUUACAUUAUAAUCUUUUUUUGUCAUACUGCAACAAAAACAGCUGUUUUUAAUGCAAGCACUGCGGGUCUGAGGUAGCAUUUUUACUCUCUAGGGAGUAAAAAGCAAUUUUAGCCCCUAGGGAGUAAAAGUCAGCUGAUGUCGACUUUGUUGUAAAUUUUGAUUGUAGCUUAUUGUUGCCUUAUUGUAUAAAUAGUUCAACAUAUCGAUAGUAUAAUGUACUCUAACAUAAUCGUAAUAGACAAAACGAUUGAAUCACUUACUAAACAGCUGAUUGUUUCCAUUAGCAAAUUAAAUGGAAAACAAGCUAGAAGUAGUUUUCAUAGGUUAUAUUUAAAUAAAAACUAUUUCAGUUUUGUAACUUAGUUUGAUGAAAUAAUGGUGCGAUAUGACGAUAAAUAUAGUUCAUCACACGGGCAAAAAGUAUCUCUUAAACCCUCGCUCAUUUUCCGACCUCGGCUUAUUUGCCUAAAAAAACUCACGUUGAAAAAAGAGUCACUUUAGGCCCUAGUGAUGAAAUAUAGUAGGCCUAUUAUAUUAAUCCAAUCUUUGUGUUGGGUAUAAUUAAACGUGUUGCCUUAAACAAAUUACUAAAUUGCCUCAAAGAUAUGUUUGUAUUUUGUACAGUUUAUAUAAUGAUGUUUAAUAAAAAAUAUCUAUUGUUA